CAAAUAGCUCAGGCACUUCAGCAUUGCAUUCAUUUCCUGUGCAAGAAGAGGACGAGGAAGAAGAAGAAGAAGAGCUCUCGAAAGAAGUUCAACAUCUGUCAAGGAGGAAAACGUCCGUGAAUCAGAAUCUAAGAGCGGAAAAGCUAGCCACCAGAAAUGGCCAAGGCAUUGUUGAGUAUUUUGCUCAUUGCGAGCGCAUGGGUGCUCUUUACUGACGCUGCGUGGCGUCACGCUUGGUCUUCUCCAAAGCCAGGAUAUUAUAGGCAUGAAUCUUUAUUAUCAAUCGUUAGCACCUAUCGUCGUUGUCCAGUGGGCAUCUACCUCGCAGUUCCACAGAUGCUUUUUUCAGAAGGAGCAAAUACCAAGAAAAACCUUUCUGAAGCAAUGAAAAUUUGCGGGGCGCAAAAUUUGACUUUACCACCAAAGAGUGCUGCUCACUGCUUGUGGGACUUUGCCUACCACAGCGGUAUUGGAAAUUAUAUUGGCUAUGACGCUGUAUGGACAGAUGGGUGGUUAACCGAGACAACUAAUGACUUCAAACUGAAGUCCAGGGAUGGAUCUGACGCCAAUGGUGAUGAUCAAGUCGGAAAUGUAAUCUGCUAUGCUGAGCCGUGCAAGCUAUGCUCACAACACAGCCAAUGUGUUGACAGUCAAUGCAGUUGCAGCUGUGGCUAUUCUGGAGUGACCUGCGACAAAAAGGAAAAAGAAGGAUUAGAUUUUUACUCAAACAAUAGGCAUUUCGAUGGGAUUCCAUAUUGUCCAAUUGGUGGAUAUAUGGUCCUACCGCGGUCCACCUGUAAUGUUCGCACAAAGCUGGUGUCAUUACAGGAAGCCAGGACCGCCUGUCAUGCCAUGGGAGCAACAAUUGCACCAUUCAGGGCGAGAAAUUGUGCCACUGCAUUUGGUUAUCAGUACCUGCCGGAAACUGCUGGUUACAAUUUGAAAUACCUAUGGCGCAAGGCUGGCUAUACAACCUACUUAGGAAAAGAUCAGCAGAAAGUAGGGCAGGUAGCAUGCUACGCACAACUAGCUGCUAUAAUCGACAUUUCAGGUAUUGAUUAUCAUAUUGUCGUACACCCAAAACCAGUAGCUACUUUAUAUGAGGCUUCCAAAACAUGCCGCUUUGGAGCUCACCUCUAUUCCAGUGUCCACAACAACACGGGUGUCAGCAGUUUCCUGCUGAAUGUGUCUCGCAUUGUGGAUAUCGAACCUACAUACUGGUUUAACAGCACCAAGCAUUCAAUGAUUGAUCUAGGACCAAACUCCUCCGUUGCAACCAAGGCACCACACCUUGCGGCAUGUUUCUUACCUUUAACACAUAUCUGUAAUUUCUACAAAGCCACCCUUCAGACCGACCGGAACGGUAUUGUUUUAACUGCGAGCUGGACAGAAGCAAACAAGAUGUGCAGAGAUCAGGGUAGCUUUUUGCUUUUAAAAGAUAAUGAAAUGAAAGAUGACCAUUGCGUGGCAUCGACCCUUUACAGAUUCGCAGCAUAUGCUCACUAUGGUUCGUAUGGAAUGUGGACUAACACGGAGGGUUUUGUCGGACAGUAUAACAACGUGGAUAAUAAAAUGCAUAUCGGCCACGAAUUUAAUACGCUUCACUACCGUCCGCAUCGCUCGGUUGUAUGCUUUGAGUCUGUCCAGAAUUGAAGAUUCUGCGAAAGAUGCUCUGCUGAAUUUGUGAGGCCGCGGGUCUGUCCAGAGAUUGAAGAUUCUGUUUCUGAAAUUCAUAUUGUGCAUCCAUCUAGUGUUUGUACGGUUCUGACUGCGUUACUGCUGACAUAAUUAUCUUCCAGAAUACCUCAAUACAACUAAGUGAACACAAUCUGGAUCAAAGAUCAGACUUCAAUAUCUGCAAACCAUUGCCAUUUUUGUAUUUCUAUAUUAUUACUUAGGGACUCCCCGGAGGCUUCUCCGCGGCCUAUCGAGGGGGUUUCAAAAUGCAUGAACCAAGUGCCAAGGUUUAAUCUUGCUUGUUUUUUGAAGACAGUGAGGUUUUCCUCGAGGCUGGAGUAUUUUGGAAUGUGUAUCUACUUUGAUGUAUGCAAUAUUCACUGGUUUGGUGUAUGCCUACAUAUGUUUGGCAUUCUCUUAAA